AUGGUCUCUUCAUUUUCCUACCAGAAGGACGGGGAAGCGGGUGGGAACUUUCGGAAUCGGGUUGAAGAUCAGCUAUCAACCCUGCAGAAGAAGCGCUAUGCGGCAUGCAACCCCCUCAAAAUGGUGCAUAAAUCAUCCUCGGGCCAGAGUGAGAGAUGUUUGUUACGCGGUGGUCACAUCCUAGCGGAUAGAUUCCGCAUUACCAAGGAUGUCGCAGGCGGCCGCCAACAAACCUGGAACGGUUACCAGCCAGCAUCAGAACGCCAAUACAAUCGUGCAUCACAUGUGGCUAUCUCCAUGGCAGUAGGAUAUCGAGAAGAAACACCUUGCAUACGCAGAGCCGCAGAUUCCUAA